CUACUAAUUUAAUAUACUUAGCUAUAACUGAAAUGUCGACAACAGCACCUGCGAAGCCGCCUGCAGUGGAGAAUCUCUACUUGUACAACCUCCAACCCAAGAUUGCAGAGUCAUUGGAAUUGAUGUACUUUGACUCGUCCGUAAGUGUAGUUGUGCAACCAUCCAAUGAAAAUAGUAAGGAGGUCAGUCCAAGCCCAGAGAAUAUCGUAAAGCCGGGCCAUGCAUCUACAUGUACUUCCUGUGCAGUAGAGAUCACAUCACCGGAAGAAAGAAGGAAUCAUUACAAGUCUGAUUUUCAUCGAUUUAAUAUCAAGAGAUCAAUUGAGAAAUUGGACCCAGUUUCGGAGGAGGAGUUCGAAAAUCUUAUUGAAGGCCAAUCAAUAGAAAGUUUGUCAGGGUCAGAUGCUCUGUCCGACGAGGAAAACGAUGAAGAAGAAGAAAGGGAAGACAAAUUAGCAAAUGCUUUAGAAGGGUUGGACUUGCAAGGAGAUGACGAUGAAGAAAAUGUUGUCAGUCAUUUAAAUACCAAAUCUGCAUUCAUGUACUUACGUUCAUCGGUGCUUAGUUCUGGUAAAGUUUUUGGGAUCUAUAAGUGUCUCUUCAGCCCUCAACAACUCUUAAACCUGCCAAUGGAAUCCCUUUUAACAUUGUCCCAGCCCCCUGUGAAAUCUAAGAAGUCAGCUCUUUUCAUGAUUGGUGGUGGUCAUUUCGCUGGGGCAAUCAUCUCUCACAUAGCCAAGAAUACUAGAGGCAACCCUCCACAUGCCAAGGAGACGAGACAGGAGCAAGCGGUGAAUGUGAUCGUAUCGAAGACUUUCCAUAGGUACACGACCAGAAGGAAACAAGGUGGAUCUCAGAGUGCAAAUGAUAAUGGAAAAGGUAAAGCAGUAUCUGCUGGUUCAAGUAUUCGUAGAUACAAUGAGCAGGCGUUAAUUAAAGAUGUUCGUGAGUUACUCACGACUUGGAAACAGCAUUUAAGUGAAUGUGAGUUUAUAUUUAUUCGUGCCAAUGGUCCUUCCAAUCGUAAGAUUAUGGUUGGAUAUGAAGGUUGUGAAAUAACGAACAAUGAUCCGAGACUUAGAACAUUUCCUUUUACCACAAAGAGAGCCACAGCAACUGAACUUAAGAGAGCAUGGGCCGAGCUUUCUUACUUGCAUGUUGUGGAUACGCCGAAGGAAGACGCCAGAGAAAAGAGACGUCUUCAACAAAGACAAGAGCAAUUGAAAAACUCUCAAGUUCAGCAUAAGAAGGAGGCAGAGGCAGUGAUUUCGCCUCAAGAAAAGCAUACUUCGGAAAUUAUUAGCAUUCUCAAGAAGUCUAAGGCUCCACUUUUGAUAAAUUACUUGAAGAAAAACAAACUUUCACCAGAUUUUCCUCUUGAACCAAAGUCACAAUAUAUACACAACCCCACACUUACUCAUUAUGCCGCAGCUCAUGGUUUGACGCAUAUGGUACAAAUUCUCUUGGUGAAUUUAAAGGCAGACCCAACUAUUGAGAGUGAAUCUCAUAAGACUCCAGCAGAAUUAUCCGCGAACCCUGCGACCAGGAAAGCAUUCCAGAUUGCAAGAUAUUCUCUUGGUGAAGAUUAUUGUGACUGGAAGGCUGCAAAGGUUGGCGCAGCCAAGUCCAAGGAAGAAUUUUUGAAGGAGGAGCAAGCGGAACAAGAUCUUGUCAGCCAGGAAAAGAAGAGACUUAUUCAAGAGGAGUUGGCGAAGAAGACUGAACUUGAAUUAAAGGCCCCUCGUGUCUUUGGUGGUGGGAUACUCGGUGGAAGCAUUACGCAAUCCGCUGAUAUGAACAAGCUCAGCGACCAACAAAAGAUGAGAAUAAUGAGAGAGCAACGUGCACGCGCUGCCGAAGCUAGGUUGAAGGGCAAUUAG